AUGCCAGACUUGGACCACCGAGCCAUGAAAGACCAUCCCGGCGGGACGCGGCGCAGCGGAGUCCCCCGCACGUCUGGACUUCCACCACACGCACAGCAGCAGCAGAAGAUUUUCCGGCAAAUCGACGUCAGUGAGAUACUGACGGAGGAGCAGAUUCAGUGCGAGAAGCGCCGAGAGGCUGCGGCCAUUGAAGCCGGUGUUGCCGAAAUAAAAGAGGCCACAGACGAGUUUGCAGCGCUGCUGGAGCACCAGCAAGUGGGUCUCGACGGACUCGCAACGAACGUCAAUGCAGCGGCACAGAGUGUCGGCGCUGGCAGGGAGCAGCUGGAGACCGCCAGUCGCCGCCAGAGUUGCUGCAGAGGAACGUUGUGCCUCAUGCUGUUAAUUCUGGGCGGUGUUGUUGCCGCAGUUGCUCUUGUAGUGUUUAUUGUGAAGCGGUAA